ACAAAUUUUUUUUCUUUAUUUAUUUACAUAAGCGGGUACAAUUUUUUUUGUUGUUGUUUUGUUUUGUUUCAAAAUGAUUUCCAAACAAAUUCUUUUGUUUCGUUCGAUUAAUCAACUACGUCAUGUUCGGUUUUUUUCACAAACAGCAUAUUUGAAAAGAAUUGAAAAUGUAAUGAUCAUUGGUUCAGGAUUAAUGGGUUCUGGUAUAGCACAAUCAUGUAUAACAACUGGUCGUUUUAAUUCGGUAACAUUACAAGAUGUAUCCGAUAAACAAUUGGAAAAAGCCAGGAAAAAUAUUCAACAAAGUUUAUCCAAAUUGAAAGCAAAGAAAAAAAUUAAUAUUGAUGAUGCUGAAAUGGUAACGAAUAAAAUUAAUUUUUCGGUUGAAAUGAAACCAGCAAAUGAUGAAAAUUUGCUUAUUAUCGAAGCCGUACCUGAAUUGUUGGAAAUAAAACAAAAUUUAUUCAAAAAUUUAUGUGAACAAUUUAAAUCGAAUGAUACGAUCAUAUAUGCAACGAAUACAUCAUCAUUACCAUGUUAUGAAAUUGGUAAAUAUAUUACCUGUCCGGAACGUUUUGCUGGUCUACAUUUUUUUAAUCCAGUACCAUUAAUGAAAUUGGUUGAAAUUGCACGUACCGAUAAUGGUACUAGCGAUGAUACAUUUGAAAAACUUCGACAAUUUGUUCAGGAUAUUGAUAAAGUUAGCGUUGCAUGUAAAGAUACACCUGGUUUUAUUGUAAAUCGAUUAUUUUUUCCAUAUAAACAAGAAUGUAUUAAAAUGGUUGAAAGAGGUGAUGCAACUAUCGAAGAUAUUGAUACGGCAAUGAAAUUAGGAGCUGGUUAUCCUAUGGGACCAUUCGAACUUUGGGAUUUAACCGGAUUAGAUACAACUAAAUUCAUUAUGGAUGCAUGGGAAAAACGUGGUGAUCCAACAUUAACUAUGCAUAAAUCACCAAUUAUUGAAGAAAUGGUUGCCAAAGGACAUUUAGGUCGAAAAACCGGUAAAGGUUUUUAUGAUUAUAGUUCGGAUAAAAAGAAAUGAAUUUAUUACAAUAUUGUAAUUAUAAUUCAAACUUGAAUUUUGUUUGGAAUCAAUAAACUUGAGAAUAUUUUUUUAUAAAACAAAAAAAAACUGUACAAAA